UCACGCACUCUCACCAAAGACCAUGCCAUCGAAUGCCUCAAUAUGCACAACCGUCUACAGCUGCCACACGACAUCUCUGACCCAAUUUCUCACCUUUUGAACCAGCUUCCAACCCGACCUCUGAAACAACGCAACAAAGCUUCCGUCAACUGGAGUACAACAUGGCGCAUCAUUCAGCUGUUACUUUUCGAAGUCGACUACCUUCAACAUGAGAAAGUACCUCCAAACCCGUCAGAAAGUUUAGGACAGCUCUUUUUAGAUUGGCUCUAUGCGCCCACAAC